AGAUCGUGCAAGCAGGGUGAGUUCCAGUGCGGCGACGGGAAUUGCAUCCCCCACCGCUGGCAGUGCGACGGUGACGUAGACUGCACCGACAAAAGUGAUGAGGACUCGAAGUACUGUGAAGUGUCCAAGUGCAAGGACGAUGAUAGUGAGCAUUGGCGGUGUGGCUCUGGGGAGUGCAUUCCCAUGGCAUGGCACUGCGAUGAGGAUACGGACUGUAAGGACGGGUCAGAUGAACUCGACUGCCCGAAUGACUUAGAAUGCGAGGCUGAUGAAUUCACAUGCCACAAUAAUGGCAACCUAUCGAAUUGCAUCCCCCUUAACUGGGUUUGUGAUGGAUCCGCGGACUGUGAGGAUAAAUCCGACGAGGUGUCAUGUAAUACAACGUGCACAUCAGAACAGUUCACAUGUGCGUCAGGGAAAUGCAUUUCCAAACAGUGGCAUUGUGAUGGCGAUUCUGACUGCGACGAUGGAGAUAACUCAGAUGAAAUUGGAUGUCCUAACAAGACAUGCUCUGUCAACGAGAUGGAGUGCGAUGAUGGGCUAUGCAUACAAAAUUCGUGGAGAUGUGAUGGUGAGGAAGAUUGUGUCAACGGGACAGAUGAACAGGAUUGCUCAUCAAACACAUGCAGCAAAGACCAGUACAAGUGUGCAGGUCAGUUCCUGUGCAUCCGUCUGGACUGGCUCUGCGAUGGCGACAUGGACUGCCCCGGUGAAGACGACGAAAAUGAAGAGAACUGCCCUUACCACUGCCCCGAAGAUCACUUCAUGUGCGGUGACCAGUCAUGCAUUCACGAGCGACUCAAGUGCAACGGAUUCAAUGAAUGCAUUGAUGGGUCGGAUGAGGAGCACUGCCAAAAACAUUGCAAUGAAGAAGACGAGUUCAACUGCGGGGACAAGUGCAUUCCAAUGAAUCUAGUGUGCAAUGGCAACAGAGACUGUGAAAAUGCAGCUGAUGAGCCCACCGAUGGAAGCUGUGGCAGGAAUGAGUGCGAGGAGCUCAAUGGGGGUUGCACGCAGGAGUGUGUGGACACCCGUGCUGGACAUUACUGCAAGUGCAAGCCUGGGUUCAUGCUUGUCAAUAGCACCCAGUGUGAAGACAUCAAUGAGUGCCUGGAGCCCGGGUACUGUUCACAGGUGUGCAUCAACCUCAAGGGCUCAUUCAAGUGUGAGUGCGUCGGAGGGUAUGCCAGAGACCCCCACAACCUCCAGCGGUGCAAGGCUAUGGAGGGACACGCCUCCUUGCUCUUCGCUCACUUCAUUGACAUCAGGAAGAUCUCUCUUGACCAUCAAGAAAUCACAGCCAUCGUAAAUGAGACUCGUGGUUCCACAGCCCUAGACUUUGUCUUCAAAACUGGAAUGAUUUUCUGGACAGAUUCGAUAGACAAGUGCAUUUACAAAGCUCCUAUUGAUGAAGGAAGCAAAAAGCAAGUUGUAAUAUCAGAAGAAGAGACAACAGUUGAUGGUCUAGCAGUUGACUGGUUAUACAAUCACAUAUAUUGGACCAACAACGAUAGGGACACAAUUGAGGUGGCAGAUUUUAAUGGUGACAUGAGAAAAACGCUCUACCAAGACCGCAUAGAACAGCCCCGAGCCAUUGCAGUGUACCCCUCAGAAGGCUGGAUGUUCUGGACUGACUGGGGCCAGAAUGCCAUGAUCGAGAGGGGAGGCAUGGAUGGAAAAUUCAGAGAGCCAAUCAUCACUGAGGAAAUCAUGUGGCCCAAUGCCCUGACUCUUGACCUUGUGCUUCGGAAAAUCUACUGGUCAGACUCCAAGUUGCACUCCAUUUAUUCUUGUAACUUUGAUGGAUCACAACGUAGGAUUGUCCUCCACUCUUCCGAGUUCCUUCCCCACCCAUUUUCCAUCACAGUCUUUGAGGACACUAUGUACUGGACAGACUGGAGCAUAGAGGCCAUUUUACGUGCCAACAAGUUCACUGGUCAAGAUAUUGAAACCAUCGCUCACUCGAAUGCCACACCAAUGACUGUGCAUGUGUACCACAGCUACCGCCAGCCCAAUGGCACUAACCACUGCACUCCACUCAAUGGUCUCUGUACCCACUUGUGUCUACCUGCUCCCCAGAAGAGCCCCUCAGAUUCAAAAAUUACCUGUGCCUGUCCGGAUGGCCUUGUGCUCAUGUCUGAUGGCCUGACCUGCGAGAGCAAGGAUGGCCUAGAACCCAGGACCCAAUUGCCCAACCCGGACCUUAUCCCAAUAACCCAUGACGUGGAAGACGAGAUCCGCAGCACCCUGGCCCCGGCGGUCAUGGACUUCACCCCGAAGAAGGACCUCCCGUCGGAGACCGAGAGCGGCAACGUCGCCGUCGCCGCCAUCCUCGCCGCCAUCGGCGUCCUCUGCGUGGCCUCGGCGAUGGCCUACAUGAUCUACCGCUACUUCCGGAAACGUUCAGUCCACAGUAUGAACUUCGACAACCCCGUAUACAAGAAGACCACAACCGAGGACGGCUUCCACCUCGCGGGUCAGCAGCGCACCAAUUGCCCGAGGAAUUCCGGCCAGCCACGGUAUCAGCACCAACAGUACGGGGUUGCAUCGCCCGAGGAUGGACUAUGUGAGCCAAUGGUUAACACACUCAAAUUCUAAUGACGGUAAGCCACAUGCAGGUUCACUGUGGUCGUUUUUGCGUGCUCGCUUCAUGUUUAUGUGUUGUAGUUUAGUUUAGUGUGAGUAGUUGCAAUUUUUUUUUACCAUUUUUCUUGCAGACUGCCUCUUUAAGUUCUUAAUUCUUCCAGAACAAUGUUUUUUUUUCCUCUCUUUUUUGGUGUUGGUAUUGUAGGUGGUUAUAUGUUUUAACAUGAGAAACCUGUUGCAAUGCGGUUGCUUUAGUGUACAAGGAUUAGUAAAGUUAUUGCCUGUUAUCGCUUCAUUGAAAUACAAUGAAUGUUGGGUACUACUCUUCCAAAGCAACUGUUUUUUAAAAGUGUAUUGCAAUCCAUAUCCCUGU